AUGGUUGGCGCUCCUCACCUAGAUGCGGGUAGGACAGUGUACUAUUAUACCAAUCCAAUGAACGGCGCGACGAUAACUUCGUUCCUCCCGCCUGACCACCCUCGCAGCCUCUGCCUCCAGCAAGGACAUGUGCCGAUGACGACACACGGUGUCCUCGGGAUCCUUGCUGCGAUAUUCUUCUUCCCUAUUGGUGUGGUGUGUUGCAUGAUCGACCGGAGGUCGGUUUGCGCGCGGUGCGGGGAGGUCCUGAGUGAUGGGUGCAUGUAG